AUGUGUACUGCUAUUAUACCGCUGGCUGAACUGCUGGCUGUACUGCUACAGGCUGAACUGCUGGCUGUACUGCUGCAGGCUGAACUGCUGGCUGUACUGCUGCAGGCUGAACUGCUGGCUGUACUGCUGCAGGCUGAACUGCUAGCUGUACAGCUGCAGGCUGAACUGCUGGCUGUACUGCUGCAGGCUGAACUGCUGGCUGUACAGCUGCAGGCUGAACUGCUGGCUGUACAGCUGCAGGCUGAACUGCUGGCUGUACAGCUGCAGGCUGAACUGCUGGCUGUACUGCUGCAGGCUGAACUGCUGGGUGUACUGCUGCAGGCUGAACUGCUGGCUGUACAGCUGCAGGCUGAACUGCUGGCUGUACUGCUGCAGGCUGAACUGCUGGCUGUACAGCUGCAGGCUGAACUGCUGGCUGUACAGCUGCAGGCUGAACUGCUGGCUGUACUGCUGCAGGCUGAACUGCUGGCUGUACUGCUGCAGGCUGAACUGCUGGCUGUACAGCUGCAGGCUGAACUGCUGGCUGUACAGCUGCAGGCUGAACUUCUGGCUGUACUGCUGCAGGCUGAACUGCUGGCUGUACAGCUGCAGGCUGAACUGCUGGCUGUACAGCUGCAGGCUGAACUGCUGGCUGUACAGCUGCAGGCUGAACUGCUGGCUGUACAGCUGCAGGCUGAACUGCUGGCUGUACAGCUGCAGGCUGAACUGCUGGCUGUACUGCUGCUGGCUGAACUGCUGGCUGUACUGCUGCAGGCUGCAAUCCUAUACCUCCCUGAGACUUACAGUGAUUGA